UUUUACCUACCAAAUUAGGUCGUCUAAACCAAAGACGUUUUUUUUCAGAUUUGUUGCUUUUUAACGCCAAUCCUUUUUAAAUUUCAAAAUACCAACAAGCGUAUCAAGUAUGCCCGGAAAAGGAAAGAGCGCAGUUGUGGGAGGAGCGAAGGGGGGUAAGCUGGGUGGAAAGAAGAAGACCAGGUCCUCGCGAGCCGGACUCCAGUUCCCAGUGGGAAGAAUCACCCGACUUCUGAAGAAAGGAAACUACAGUCAGCGAGUGGGAGCCGGUGCCCCUGUGUAUCUGGCGGCAGUGUUGGAAUACCUGACUGCAGAGAUUCUGGAACUGGCUGGAAAUGCGGCUAAGGAUAAUAAGAAGAGCCGAAUAAUCCCGAGACAUCUGCAGCUGGCAAUCCGGAAUGACGAGGAACUUAACAAAUUGCUUCAUGGAGUGACCAUUGCUCAAGGUGGAGUCCUUCCCAACAUCCAGGCGGUACUACUACCGAAGAAGUCCCAAAGCAAGAGUGCCAAAGCUGCUGCGGUUGGAAGCCAGGAGUACUAACUUGAUGCUACAAAAAAAACAUGGAGCAUUGCUACAAAUAGUGAUGAGUUCAGUGAAAGAAGAGAAACUUUGUGUAGCUUGCUUCGUAUUUUUGUAAUGAGCCCACAGACUCAGAGACUUAAUCUUGUUUUACUUUUGAUUGAUUUGUUUUUAAGUGCUUUUUGAAUUAGCCAUUGAGGAGAUGUUUUCAUAUAGUGUGUGUGAGAUGCUGUAAGGCUUAAUAUGGAACGGUAGAGUUGAUUUUGACCAAUUGGAA